AUGACAAGAACGGAUUCAGAAACUGAGUCGGACGAUAUAUUUAAGUCAAGGUUGAGGCUGGUCGAGAGAAGGGGGUCGAUCUUACUCCUCUCCCUCCCUAUCUAUCUAUCUAUCUAUCUAUCUAUCUAUCUAUCUAUCUAUCUAUCUAUCUAUCUAUCAAAAAUUCUAUUGCUAUUUUUUUCUUAUGUAUUUAUGCUAAUUCUUUGUAAUUUCUUUCUUUCUUUCUUACCUAUCCUUUCUUUCUUUCUUUCUUUCUUUUCUGUUUGUUUUUAUUUUCAUUUUCUACCUUUCUAUUAUCGCUUUGUUAUCUCUUUCAUCCGGUUUCAUUUGCUUUCAUUUUACCAACUUUCCUUCCUUCCUUCAUUUCUUUCUUUCUUUCUUUCUUACCUAUUCUUUCUUUCUUACCUAUCCUUUCUUUCUUUCUUUCUUUCUUUCUUUCUUUCUUUCUUUCUUUUCUUUUUGUUUUUAUUUUCAUUUUCUACCUUUCUAUUAUCGCUUUUUUAUCUCUUUCAUCCGGUUUCAUUUGCUUUCAUUUUACCAACUUUCUUUCCUUCCUUCAUUUCUUUCUUACCUAUUCUUUCUUUCUUUCUUUCUUUCUUUCUUUCUUUCUUUCUUUCUUUCUUUCUUUCUUUCUUUCUUAUUUUUCAUUUCCUCUUACUCAACUCUCGAUCUUUGCUCUUAUUUAACAAUUCCUCUUUCUUUCUUUCUUUCUUUCUUUCUUUCUUUUUCUUUCUUUCUUUCUUUCUUUCUUUCUUACCUAUUCUUUUUUUCUUUGUUUCUUUCUUUGUUUCUUUCUUUCUUAACCCAUACUUGAUCUCACUUCCACUUAAUCAUUGUAUUCUUGUCCGCAAUGACUGA